AUGGACUUUGCACCUUUAUCUCACAUUUCGUCUCCCCCUCGACCAAGCAGUCCUACUCACACCAACUCCAGCAGUGCAACCCGUGUUGAACCAGCGUUCUUUGAUUUUUUUCUCAAGAAAGCAGAUAACUCACCCUGUUUGAUGACCUCUGAUAUAGGACCUGGUACUGAUCAUUCAGGUUCUCCUCAUUCUGGUUCUCUCCCAGCUCCUCUCUCCCCAGUGGAUGAGGUGUCAAACUCUCCUGUAGUGAGAGAGGGCUUAUUGCAUAGCCCUUCCCGUCGCGGAAAGCAUGAAUUCGCAUCUCCGUCCCGUCGUGGGAAGCCUGGCCACACACCUGCAAUGAAAGAGAGCUUAUUGCGUAGCCCUUCCCCUUGUGAAUCACAUCGCAUGUCGUCUCCUUCCUGUAGAAAGCGUCAUGCCACAUAUUCUUGUCAUCUGUCUUCUCAAUCCCCCAACUCAUCCCUUCCCCCUCGUUCGUCUUCUCCUCCAGCUUCUCCCCUUUUUGGGAAGUUUACAAUGGCUUCUCCAUUAGAGCUCCAGUUCACGGCUGAAGACAUUGCAGAGCACGAGGAGUUGAUGAUGAAGGGCCUCGCGGAAAUGAACUUAUCGACUAUGUACAAAUUAUUCAAGGCAAGGCUUGCUGGCCGUGAAGCUGCACGUCAACACCUCACGGUUACAGCAUGGGCAAUUCAAGAAGCAAAGCACUACUUAGAGUUUUCUGAGGCGCUCAACGAGGAUAGCAAAAUGUGCCUCAAAUAUUCUGAUGAAGAAUUCCGAAGAGUUAGAGCUGCUCUCACCGGGCAUCACCAUUCAGAUAUCGAGGACGACGGGAACUACCUUCAAGCUGCCUACAAUGAUGAAUGCAACACUCUUCGCGCCGUUGCUGCCCAGGCAGACGCAAUGGGAAAGAUUCUGGGCCUGAACAUCAAGAACGACUUACUGUCAUCUAGGGGAGAAUCUUCUCAUCGCCCUCAAUUCACUAGCUCGGCUGAUCCCAGUGAUUCCCAUACGUCCUCCGAUUUAGAUGGUGACGAUCACAAUGGUACCAUGGAUUCGGACGAUGACGAAGAAUCUGAAGGCCAUGAUGCAUAG